AUGAUCCUCAGGUUGCCUUUACUUGUGCUCAAGGUGAUCCUCACCUCGUUUGUGGUCUGGAUUGUCCUUUCUACCACCAUUCCACAGGCGUUCGUCCGUUUCACUGAACCUCAAGUCCAAACCAACCACUACCAGAAAUCAACCUAUCCCUAUAACUCCAUUACAUCGCCCACGCCCUUGCCCAUUCAGAACUCGUCAGUGUACUUUGUCAUUGGCCACCCUGACGAUGAGGUGAUGUUCUUUUCGCCCUCAUUAAUCGAAAUAACCAAGGAAAAGAACGGCAACGAGGUCCACCUUGUUUGCUUCUCCAAUGGGGACUCCUUGCACGAGUCCAUGGGCAGGAUCAGAGGCAAGGAGUUAGUCAACUCCGCUCGUAUUUUGGGCGUAGACGAGAGCAGAGUCACUGUACUUUCCUCCUACAAAGAUGGUAUGAACGAAACAUGGGACUCCGACAAGAUCAAAAAGUCCUUGAGCAGCAUUAUAACCAAGGGAACCAAGCCCGCAGUAUUGGUGACGUUCGAUGAGAAUGGGGUUUCAAACCACCCCAAUCAUAUUUCGUUGUACUACGGCACUUUGAACUACUUCCAAUCCACUGGAGACAAGUCCAGUAAAUUGUUCAUCUUGAAGAGCUUGAAUUUCUGGGAGAAGUACAGCUUCACGUUCUUGACCAACAUCGAAUUAUUUGUGGACCACCUUUCCAAGUUGGUAGUGGGUAAUAUCUUGAAUCUCGAUAUAAACAUCAGUUUUUUCAGCAAAAACUCCAGUUCCAAAUCUAUCAGAUUUUACUCCGAUUUGAACAUGUUGAGUGUCAGUUACGCGGCAAUGUCAUAUGGCCAUUUUAGCCAGAUGGUGUGGUUCAGAUAUGGUUGGUUGAUUUUGAGCAGAUACUUAACGUUCAAUCACUUAAUUGAGGUGACCAGAUGA